AUGGUACGGCUUCUGAAAGUUCGGGCCUUCGACAAUGUACUGGGACCUCAUCCACAGGGUCGAGACGCAGCUCCUCCAGAAUGCAAUGGACAAAAUGAUAUACCUAAAUGUUAUUCGGAUACAGCAGGAGGAGCGGCCUCGAAACUCGACACAUCUGAGUCGUUUCCAAGGACUACUGAUGGCUCUGCGCUUGCAGUCGAAUCCAAUGGUCUUGGAAGAGGCAAACCAACAGAUGUACAGACUGCCAACGUCACAACGCCUACGAUACUUCCAACUCAAAGUGUAGAUCCUACUCUAUCGACAACUGUAGUCAGCUCACAACCAAGUUCGAUAACAGCGGGAAGUGUGGGAGGACCAGCACACGAUAACAGCGGACUCAGUACAGGAGAAGUAGUGGGAAUCGCAGUCGGAACUCUGGUCAUAGGCGCAGCACUCGCAUUUCUUGCAGCAUUCUUCUUUUUCAAGCGACGAAACAGACAACAGAAUACCAACAUUGGUGGCAGAGGAUACCCGGGUUAUGGAGAUUCAGUGCCUGAGCUUACCAUGGUACAAAAGAGCGUUGGUAGCUUAGGAGACAUGCAUAGCCCUUACGUACAGGUGCCUCAGACGCCGAUGCUGGCUCGACGACCCAUUCCGCCCGCAAUUCCAGCUCCGGUAACUGUGGAUCACACAACACACACGGAUAUCGCUGGUUUCUUGCCACCUGUUGCACGAGACGGCGAGGUGUGUGAUAGAGUAUCGGCGUUAUUUGAGAAGAUGCAUGAGCAUAUAGAGCGAGAUUAUCGCGACAUUCAUGCCAACGUCACACCAAGCAUGGAAUCUGGAAUUGCUAGCUUUGGAGCAAAGGGCGUCAAUAUGACGGAAAUGUUGCAAGAGUGCUCGAAUCCGACUACUGCGCUCAAGCAUGCACUCGUGUCGUAUGUGAUGGCCAUAACAAGUUGGCACAAAGACGAAGAACACAUGGGUGCACUAUUCCCCGAAGAACUCAGGAAUAUAAAGUCUGAGAGGCACAGCAACAGCUCCGACCCGGGCGUCACGGCAGCAGCUUCUCUACUUAAACGAACCUCUGUGUACCUUUACACUAGUACAUCUGGUACACCCGAGUCGGCUCAAUCGUGGGCGAUUCAAUCCAGUGCCCGCGAAGCCGCUGAACACUUUUCCAUGACGUUUUUCCCAUGGGCCAACCCCACAUGUAGUGACCAGCAAAAAGACGAAGACCUUACGUCUAUUAUCAUAGAAGCACGAGAGAUAAGCAUAUGGCUGUUCGGGCAGCCAGAUGUAUACAAGUUUGAAUGGGACGGAGCUGGUAGAGGAGGAGUGCUAGUCAACCCAGCACUGGUGAGGCGUACAAACGCAACUGGCGAUGAACAGGAAACGAGGGUAGUGGAAGGAACAGUCAUGGGUAUGUAG